AUGGCGGAGGGAGCUUUGGAUGGUGGCCUGGAUAUUCCUCACAGUGAGAAGCGAUUUGCUGGUUUCAAGAAGGAUGACAAGCAGCUGGAUGCUGAUAUCCACCGCAAGUACAUCUAUGGUGCCCAUGUUACUGACUACAUGAAGAACCUUGCUGAAGAGGAGCCAGAGAAGUACCAGCCUCACUUCAGUGAGUUCAUUCAGAAGGGAAUUGAGGCUGAGGACAUGGAAGCUCUGUACAAGAAGGUCCAUGCUGCGAUUGGUGCUGAUCCUUCCAUGGUCAAGUCAACCAAGCAGCCACCAAAGGAGCACAACAGGUACAACCCCAGGAAGCUGACAUAUGAGCAGAGGAAGGCCAGCCUCGUUGAAAGGCUCAACCAACUCAACUCCUCCACAAUUAAACCAAAAAAUCUACUCACAUGUCUGCCUCUAAAUUACAUUAAAGAAAGGUAUGUUACGUCUGUCAGGUUUUUAGUAGCGUGGAAGUUCUUAAUCACCAGUGUUAGCUUACAAUGCUUUGUGUGCCCUUGA